CCUUGUGAGCCACAGGAAGGCUAUGCCUGCUGGCCUCAUGCCAGCCGUCGUAGUGUUCCACCUGCCGGGUGUGUUCCCCCUCCGACGUGACAGAAGGUUACAAAGAAUUAUAGGGGCUUUUUUCUUUAAACCCACCUGGGGGCUUGGGGAGGAGCUGAGCCCCUUGGAGGCUGGGCACUGCUCACGUUCUCAGCAUCAAAGGAUUAGUGCCCCUCUCCUACCCCCAUCCCCACCCAGUCCCUCCACACUGUCCAUUGGUCUCUGAAUUGUUCAGCUGGAGCCUGUCAUCUCCUCGCCACUGCACUUCCGGCAUUGUAGCAAUCCUGGCAUUCACUGCAGCAGCUGGAUAUCUCCUACAGCCAUGAGUCUUUUCCAGUCACUUAGCCUGAGCUAUGGGGAAGGUGUGAAAACUCCCAGAGGAUGAUCCUGUUGGAGAGGGGAAACACCGUCAUGGUUUGCUAGAGAGAAGGAGGCUUGAUGGAGCUGGGUGGCUUCAGCACUCUUGAAAACCAUGUCUUUACCCACCAUAUGUGUAAAAUCUUCAGUCUGUGUGAUACUGUGUUUGUAGGACACAGCACGCUGAUCACACACUGGGAAAAGUUCUGGCAGGGGCAGGACAGUGCCUGGACCUGCAGUACAUGAAGGCUUCUGCCAGCAGGAGAGCUGGGGUUAUUGCUUCAGAGGGUGGUGUAGCAGUGCUGGAGAUGCCACCGUGCUCUGUGUGAGCCCAGGUCCCGAGCUGACUCUCCUUGCUGCAGAGGACACCCCGAGGGACACUGGCAGGGGGCACUCCCUGUCCUGGCUCUGGAUGUGCAUCACAUCACUUUGGCAGGGCAAAGGUACAGCUGGAUGACGACUGAGGAUGUGCUAUGGAGCCGGGAUUCAACUGCUCUGAGCUUUGCGAUGGUAGCUCCAAUUUUGGCAGCCAGGAGCAGCAGCAGCGGAUGCUGCAGGAGCUCUGCACUGUGACAGUGACGUCUUUUGACCGCAGUAUGAAGAGUUCCCUAUCUUUCUCUGCUGGUCUCCUGGGAGUUAUGUGGACAUUCCUGACUGGAGGAGUCCUGUUAGCACUCUUCUUUCUCAUCUUCACAAUUCGCUUCAGGAAAAACAGGAUUGUGAAGAUGUCCAGCCCCAAUCUCAACAUUGUGACCCUGCUGGGCAGUGGCUUGACUUACACAAGUGCUUACCUCUUUGGGAUUCAGGAGCAGAGCCUGACAUCUGGAGACUCAAUGGAAAAGCUUAUUCAGGUGAGGCUGUGCCUGCUGUGCGUGGGGACCUCUCUGGUAUUCGGCCCUGUCCUGGGGAAGAGCUGGCGGCUCUACAAGGUGUUCACCCAACGGGUGCCAGACAAGCGGGUGAUUAUCAAAGACCUGCAGUUGCUGGUGAUGGUGGCAGCAUUGGUGCUGGUAGACACUGUCUUGCUCUUGACAUGGGUGUUCUCUGACCCAGUCCAGUGUUUCCGAAGCCUCAGCGUCUCACUGCGGGCGACAGAGAAAGGCAUGACAUGCUCCGUGAGCCGGGUCCAGUCCUGUGCAUCACUCUAUUCUGAUCUUUGGCUCGUUCUAAUUUUAGGGUUUAAGAGUAUCCUCCUGCUAUAUGGGACCUACUUGGCUGGUCUGACUGACAAUGUCAGCUCCUCACCGGUCAACCAGUCCUUGACACUCAUCGUUGGGGUCAACCUCAUUUUCCUGGCUGCUGGCACCAUCUGCUUAGUUCACCGUUUCUUCCGUACUUGGCACAAUUUGCUGUUUGGUUUUACCUCUGGAGGCAUCUUUGUGUGUACAACCACGAUCAACUGCUUCAUCUUUGUCCCACAGCUCAAGCAGUGGAAAGCCUUUGAAGAAGAAAGCCAAACCAUGAGCCACAUGGCAAAAUAUUUCACCAGCCCAAGCAGGAGCUGCCGCUCAGUGUACAGCGAGGAGCAGCUCUACCAGCUCAUAGGGGAGAAAAACUCUAUGAAGCAGCUGCUCACCGAGAAAAAUGCCGUGAUCGAAAGCCUGCAGGAGCAAGUGAGCAACGCCAAGGAGAAGCUGAUGAGGCUGAUGUCUGCGGAGAGUGGCUGUGACCCCCGUGCGCUGCCAGCAGCUCCCUGUGCCUGGAACUCAGGGCAGCCAGGGGACUGCUGCCCCCUGGAUCCAGAGAGGGAUGGGUGGCUGCCCCCCUGCUUGCUGGGUUCAUCACCUCUUGGCAGCAAUGCUCAGACCCUCCAGAAACAUGCAGCCCAGGAGCCUGUUUGCUCCCAGGUACUGCUUUUUAAUACAGAGGACAGCAUUGAUGUUAGCCUGAAAGAUGUCCAGGAGUGUGGGACACCUGCAGUGCAGAGGCAGCUUCCAGAGCAGUUGCCAGGUCAGGACAAUUCAGCCGGUGUAGCCUGGGAGUCGUCCCCCAAAGUCAGCUAUGUAAACAGCGAGAAGCUAUGGGAAAUCUUGCAAGAGUUAAGCCUGGAUGGCAAAAACUACAGCCCAGCCUUAUCUGCAGGACCCCCACUUGGCAACCGAGGCACUUCAGGCAAGCAGGGAGAAACACGGGUGGGCCAAGAGGGCUAUCCAAGCAUCCACACGCCUCUCAGCCCCUACUUAGCAAGGCAUUGUCAGAGGAUCCCAUUGCCCCCUGCCCCCACACGCUUCCCUGGACAUGUAUCCCCUCGUUCCAUCAGCAAGUCAAAGGAGGUUGGCAGCUGGGUUCGUGGGGAGCCAGCACAUAGCUCCCUGGGAACGGGAGGGAAGAUGGCUGCCAGAGGGCUCCUUCACCUUCCAGCACCAUCCUCUCCAACCAUCCCAAGGGAGGCCAGCCUCCAGCUAGAGGGGUGGCUGGGAUGGCCCGUGUCCCAGUGUGCUUCAUCGUGCAUCCCGCAGGAGCAGCAGCGGUGGCAGGGCACCCUGAGGAGACCUGCUGAGCCCUCCCUGCGCUCACUGUACUAUUACCCGGACUCUGACUCCAGCAGCAGCAGCUCUGAGGAGAUGUUUCUUGGCUGCCACCGACCCUGCUGCGAGGUUUGCUUCCAGAGCCCACGUGGCUCCCUAGACAGCAGCAGCACGGACACGGACACAGAGCCCAGUGACUGCAAGGAUCACCAGACAGAGCACCAUGGCGGGCCCCAGCCUGUGGUGAAUUUCAAAGAUGAUCUGAAACCCACUUUUGUGUGACUGGGAGCACCCCUGCCCCACAGGCAAGUGCCCUCCCACCCCCAAAACAUUGUGUGUUUUCAGCAAUGUCGAAGCCACACAUCCCUCUGGGGAAUGUGCCUUGUUCUAGAAUUUGGGGAUUGGGAAUAAACCUUGCCCCGUUCUGAUUUGCAGUGUCAGCCCCAGCCUGGUCAGCCAUGACUGCAGCCUGAGUUUGGCUGAGAGGGGGUUGGUUGACUCACGGAGGUGGUGGUGGCCUUGUCCUUGCUACUCUGGGCAGCUGCCUCUGU